AUGGAACCUCGCUUAGCAAGUCCUCCACUGGAUUCAACACCAGUACCUACUCCACUUCACUCUCCUUUACUUCCGCCCGUGGUUGGUGCAGCAGCAUUGUCCCGGGUCGGACCUGACAGCCCUAACUAUGUUCUACACUAUGCAUAUGACGAAGGUUUUGAAAAUGAUUUGAUUGAAUUUGUACCUGCUUCACGCAGCUGUUCUUCAGAAAGCGAAAAUUCAGCAACGCAUGACUUUAAUGUGUUUAAUCAGGUCCCGAUCCCGCCAGCUACAAACUACGAUGCGUUUUUCAGUGCAGUUUCGACUGCUGGGACCAAGCGUCGCCAGAGUAUUGACAAUGGGAUCAAAAGUGGGCUCUUUACAACUGGUGUUUUGAAAAGCCCCACAGGUACUGAACCCACCAUAUCUAGUAUUGGCGCCUUGACCAACUCUGGUGGUUACACAGUUGCAGAAAAAAAACCUCGUAGAGGAAGCCUUGCGCGUAAACUCUUGUCUCCUGUACAAGAGGAAGCCACUCCAGGUUCCAAUGUUGUCGAAGUAGACCCGCCCCAUGUACACUCUCCUGUUCCGAAAAGCAUGCCUAACAUUGACUUGGAGGCCAUUUCUCGACAAGCCGAUCUCGUGACUAAGAGGGGGGUAUCAUCGCCUGUAAAGAUGGGUUCUCCGGAAAGACCUGCAGGGUCUUCAGGGUCAACAGAAACAGUACUAUCACCGUGUAUGGAAAAUACCCCAAGAAGAAUGGUUAUUCUUAUUGAUGAAAACACACCAGCAACACCAACAACGCCUAGCGCACUGGGGUCACCGAUGUCACCGUUGGCAAACAAGUAUGAAGAAGCACCGCGACAACACGCAGAAACGUUUUCAUUGGGAUCUCCUGCAUUGAAUAUCAAAAUUAAGAGCCGUUCCAAUUCAGAUGGCGAUAUUUUUUUCCCUCGGGACUUGACUAGCACUGUUGACGAAAGUAUCUUGAAACAGCACUCAAACUCGCUUGUAUCUGAAGGCCAAGUCGGGACAGUGCCGAGUGGUGAUGGAGAAGCUCAAAAGUGA